GAGGUGAGUUCUGGAGACUUGGAGAGGCAUUCCGCAUCGGUAUCCCGUAUCCAGCAAAGGCGGCAAGCCAUGGAGGAGGGUCUGGUAUCAGUGGACAAGUUCUCCGGUGGCAGCCAGGCGUACUUUCUGACGCACCUCCACCAGGACCACACCCGUGGCCUCGGCGCGGUGGGCGGGUGGCGCCACGGCCCGCUCUACUGCUCUCCGACCACGGCGCGCCUCCUCCCCAUCCGCUUCCCGGGAAUCGACGCCUCCCUCCUCCGCCCGCUAGCCCCAGGUGCCUCUGCCUCCAUCUAUCUGUUCUCUCCCUCCUCGGGCCAGUCCCUCUCCCUUCACGUCACUGCCAUCCCCGCGCUGCACUGCCCCGGAUCGCUCAUGUACCUCUUCCGCGGAGACCUCGGGUGCAUGCUGUACACGGGGGACUUCCGGUGGGAGCUCGGAUGCGAUGAAGCGCGGCGAGCGAAGCAGGAUUUACUGGACGCGCUUGACGGGGAUACCAUUGAUGUGCUCUAUCUGGACAACACCUACUGCCACCCAUCGCUCAACUUCCCUCCACGCCCCGUCGUCGCUGAGCAGGUGAUUGAUAUUAUUCGGUCACAUCCUGAUCACGAAGUUAUCAUUGGUGUUGACACUCUUGGAAAAGAAGACCUCUUGCUUCAUAUAUCUAGAGCACUACAAACGAAGAUCUGGGUUUGGCCCCAGCGCCUACAGACAAUACACCUCCUAGGGAUUGAUGAAAACCGUGAUAUUUUUACCACACAGACCAGUUUGACUAGGAUCCGUGCUGUUCCAAGGUACAGUGUCACCAUUGAUAAUCUUGAAGCUCUAAACACAGUGUGCCCCACUAUAGGGAUCUUGCCUUCUGCUAUUCCUUGUCUUUGGAAGAGCAGUGAAGGAAAGGCCAAAUCCAAGGGUAGGUCAUCAGUGAAGUCUAUCAGGAGCUCAGGGAGAGGUGAAGGCCUAACAGAAAUGGAUUGCAAUCCCUUGUCACCACCAAAGCUGUUUGACAAGGAUUCUUAUACUUUGCCAUAUUCUGAGCAUGCUUGCUUUUCAGAGCUGGAGGAUUUUAUGCAUACAGUGCGUCCAUGGACAGUCAGCGGCAUCGUCAGCUCAUCGUUCUGCUAUGUGAAUCCCCGUCACCACUUCAGACAUCUUUGUUUAGACAAUAAUGUUAAUGAUGAAACUGACAUGACGCCCAUAAAAAAUAAGGGCAGGGAUAAUGAUAAGCUGACACCAAAGAGAUGGCGAAAUGGUUCUGUGACUCCAAAAGAAAGGAAGGUCAGGAUCUCCAGUUCAAGUCUGUAUAGAAGCAAAGUUACAAUGAAACGGAAGGAGUGCUGCGGUGCAAGGAUCAAUGACACUGAAGAACACAUUGGUGUUACCUGACUUUGUCCCUUCCCAAGUAAUGUUAUGUUUUCUUUUGUAAAGAUUAACAACUGGAUGGUGGAAGUCUUGAAGCAAUGAGAUGGGAUAUGUUGUUCCAAGCCAAACUUCAGCUUGCUGGUAUUCAGGAAUCUGGACGUGGUCUUUGGCUCUCUGCUAUCUGUUCCUUAGAACCCUGUCGUGCUAGCAAGAUGCAUUUUGGUCCAGAUUCGGUUUGGGUUGUACAGUGCUGUUCCUUUUGCGAUGGUGUUCAGCAUUUAGAUUGCUGAAACCUUUGAUGCAUGUUAGUUGCUACUGAUACAUCUAUUUGUAGUAUUUUCAUAUGUCUGACAUGAUGUCGCUACUGCUUCAAAUAUAUAUAAUGUUCUUACAAC